UAUGUUCACUUUUUAAAUCUCUGAAUUAAAGUAUAUUGCAUUUUCAAGUUCAAAAAUUAAAAAUAUUAUUGCAUAAAAAUAAUGCACUUUUCUUUCUCUUUCCACAAGUUACCUCCAACAGAUUAUUAAAGGUAGGUGGAAAUUUUAUUUAGAGCAUGAUGAACCCAGCCGUUAGCAGGAAGGCGGCACAACAACGUCAGCGGCGCACCUACAGAGUGAGAAGAGAUAUUUUCGCUGAGUACGACGAUGCUGAGUUACUGAAAAGAUUCAGAUUGGACCGUGCUGGUAUUGUUGCAGUGACUGAUAUAGUGAGAGACAAGCUGCAAAGUAAAACUGAAAGAAAUAGAGCCUUGACCCCUGAGAUGGUGGCCAUCACAUUACGAUAUUUAGCCACAGGAAAAAUGCAACAGUGCAGUUGUGAUGAUUUUGGAACAACGCAGCCCACUAUCAGCCGUGCAAUAUCACAGACAAUUGAUGCACUGGCUGACCCAGAAGUAAUCUGCCAGUUCGUGGCUUUCCCUCACACCCAGCGUGAAGUGCAGCAAAAACAGGCAGAGUUCAUGCAAGUAACUCAGUUUCCCGGUGUUGUGGGAGUGAUUGAUGGUACUCAUAUAAGAAUUGUGUCUCCUCAUGUCGAUGAACAUGUAUAUGUGAACAGGAAACGCUAUCACAGCAUAAAUGUGCAAGUAGUAUUUGAUGCUCACUAUAAGAUUCUUGACAUUGUGGCAAGGUGGCCUGGCUCAGUCAACGAUGCAAGAAUACUAGAUAAGUCAGCACUCAAACUGAUGUUUGAGGAACAACAUGUACCUGCAGGAUGCUACCUUCCCGGGGACAGUGGCUAUCCCUGUAAGCAGUGGCUCCUCACUCCUUACCUUCGCCCUCAAACUGUUGCACAAGCUAAUUAUAACAGUUCCAGUACCUUACGAUGCAGCCGAGGGGACUGACGCCACCACCACCACUGCCACCACCGCCACAACAAGGGUUAUUCAAAUGGGGAACAUGCUUCAGGUGUUGCCCCAAGAUGCCUCAGCCCCGCAGCCCCACUUCCCUAUGAUAGUGCAGGCAGGGAAUGUCAUACAGGUUGUUCCAGCUGACAACACGCAGGUAUUAGGGGCAGAAGUCGUUGGAGUUGGUCGGGUCAUGCAAGUGGUCGGAGUCCCAGGCUUUCCCCCGACCCCAGCCCCAGACCCCUGCCCCAGCCACCCCUCUCCCUGUGACCCCUGCCCAGUCAUCCCUCACCCCCUCCUGCCCCCCUGCGGUGCUGCCAGCGGGGGUGAUGGGAGGUGGAGGUGGGCCACACACACCUGGGUUAGCUGUGGCUUGGCUUAUCUCCCUCCUCAGCAGCAAAUCCCGAGGAUCAACGAGGACAUGGUGGACCCAGAGAUUGCAGCAGCAGCAAGAGAGAGAGAGAGAAGCAAGAGAGGAGGGAGAGGAAGGAGAGGAGGAGGAGAGAGAGGGAGGCCAGGAGGGAGGCACGUCAGAGAGAGAGGGAGAGGAAGAGGUUGAUUCUGUUACAACAACAACUGCAACAACAACAACAGUUAGUCAGUGAGGAGGGGGAGGGGCCGUCCUCUGAUGCUGAGGAUGAGGUAUUGUUCAGGGAGGCCAUGUCGGAGGUGCCGGUGGUGGGGUCGCCAGUUCCGGAGUACGAGGUGGAGGAGGAAAAGGAAGAGGAGGACGAGGAGGAGGCACGGAUAAGGAAGAAGAAAAGAUUAUUAGCUGUAGCCCUCCCUCCAGCUGAUAAGGGGAUAUUAAGGAGCCCUUCCUACAGGUUCGUUCGAUGCAAGGAGUUGGCACAGGAGGCGUCCGAGGCUGUGUAGAGCGGCCGUCUGAACCUGGUGCCACAGCUUACUAUGUUCAACAGAUGCCUGAAGGAAGUGUGUGUAAGGGAGGAUAAAGAGAUCAUGCUGGCCUAUGCAGACGAUGUCGCUGUCGUGACAGGAAGCCAACAAGAUCUUCAAGAGGCCAUGACAAGAUGGAAUGAUGUUUUAAAUAGGGAAGGAAUGAGAAUGAACAAACAAAAAACUUAUUUACUAGUGGACAAGCAACAAGUGAUGGUGUGGCUCUGAGCCACUGUAGUAGGGAUGUUAUGGUUUAAGUGUAGGAAGUUGCAAAUGCUCACCUAACAAUUGCACCUUAGUAGAAAAACACAAACAGGAAGUUUAUGCAAGUUUUGAUCCUUAUAUAAAAUGUUGUAUUGCAUCAAACCUCCAUACAUUACUGUCUCUAUCCAGUAUGAGACCGGUGUUCAGGAAGCACAAGCAUGUGCUGAAUAACAAGAAGCCGGCAUUGGUGAAGGUGACAACAUUUCAUCUAUUUAUACAUACUUUUUAUUAUUAAAGCUUAUCUUAUAAUUAUUUCUGAAGAGAUUGACUAAUUUUUGUAGUAUUUAUGACUUAGAACUAUGAUAAAGCUAUGAAUUGAUAUAAUUCCUGAUUUGUUUUAUCUUUUCAUUAUCCUUCCUUUGUUAAUUGAGCAUUUUAUAUUACUUAGCUUAAAAAUGCAAGAACGGUUCAGAAGUAUCCAACCUUGGGCUAAGGGCCAAAAUUAUGGUAUCAUUCAAAAUGUCCUUCAAAGAAAGCCCUCUGUAAUCCAACACACUUAGCCCAUUAAUCCUUCCAUUUCUCAUCAAUUUGUUCAACAUUCAUAUUUUUCCCUUAUAGGGUUGAACAAUUUUCAUGGGUUCAGAGCAAAAGGCUUCCUCAUUCCUCCCCAAGGUAUUCUCGGAUGGUAAGCAGGUUUGACUCUGGAGCAAACCUGACCAAGGGCUACUGCCCAAGGCUACAGAGGUUCCUCUCCCUGAGGCUGAAUGCACCAUGUGAGAUGGUUCUGUUAUGUGGAUGAAUGUCAUGGUGGAUAGCAGUGCCACCACAUUCCUACAAUCAUCCAUCACUCCACUGCUCAAAUGCUUCUGCAACCAAUGAUAGGUAUGCUGCCACAUUCUGCAUGGUCUCCUUGGCUCUCAGAUAAGGAUACUGUCAACAGGUUUGGGAUUGCCAAAAAAUCAUAAGGAGCUAUGUCUGAAAAGUCCAGAGAGAGAGAGAGAGAGAAAGAAUGAGCAAGAGAAAGAGUAGGAUGAAGCAAAGGAAGAGUCAAGAUGGAGGAAGAGAGAGUAGGACAAGAAAAAACAACAAAUAAAUCCCCUACACGUCUUGUCUCCAUUCACACAAGCCAUGAAAAGCUUGUCCAUCCCUGAGUGCUCAGAAGCAGUGUUCCACUGAUGAUGUGGAAACUUGAGACACCCAAUCAUUUAAUGGGCUUUAGUAGGUUUUGUCACCAGUCUUCUGUGUGUCACUGACUACAUUUUGAAAUUUUUAUCUGUUCUAUUUAAUUUUGUGUGUAUGUACACAAUGUUUAUGGUCAAUAAACUAUUUAUAAAACUAUUUAUCUGUGUGAGUAAGAUAAAAGCAGUUAUUGUUAUUAUUAUUAUUAUUAUUAUUAUUAUUAUUAUUAUUAUUAUUAUUAUUAUUACACAUUUUCCUCCUUGUAUUUAAAUAUUAUUAUUAUUAUUAUUAUUAUUAUUAUUAUUAUUAUCAUGAAUUGUUCUUGUUUAUAAAUAAAAUACUGUAACUGA